ACCCCAUGUAAAAUAGGGGAAAAAACUUGUUCUCUAGAAUGAAAGUAACAAAAACCAGGGUUUUAGCUUUUUCCUAUUGGAAAUCGCGAGUGAAGCCACUUAAAUAAACUUCUUCUUUAGAACCCGCAGCGGCGCCAUAUCAGCGCCUCCGCCGACGCCGCCGCAAUGCCCACCGUGAGCGUUGGCAGAGACCGACUUUUCGAAGCCCUGGGUCGUACUUACACUCAGGAAGAGUUCGAAGAGCUGUGCUUCAAAUUCGGAAUCGAGCUUGAUGACGUCACAACAGAGAAGGCAAUUAUAAGGAAGGAAAAGCAUUUGGGAGAGGAGGAAGGGUUAGAGGAUGAAGAAGUAAUCUACAAAAUUGAGGUGCCAGCGAAUAGAUAUGAUUUACUUUGUCUUGAAGGGUUGGCUCAGGCCCUUCGUAUAUUUAAUGGGCUUGACCCGAUUCCUACAUAUAAAGUUGCUGGUAUAAAUAAAGAAUCAUUUCUCGAGAUGCAUGUAAAAUCAGAGACAUCUAGGAUACGGCCAUAUGUUGUUUGUGCAGUUUUACGAGAUGUAACAUUUGAUGAAGCCCGCUACAACAGCUUUAUUGAUCUUCAAGAUCGGCUUCACCAGAAUAUCUGCCGGCGAAGAACAUUGGUGGCAAUUGGUACGCAUGACUUAGAUACAAUUGAAGGCCCGUUCACAUAUGAGGCUUUGCCUCCUUCAGAAAUUAAUUUUGUGCCACUGAAGCAGACAAGGAAGUUCGCUGCCAAUGAAUUGAUGGAAUUCUAUCAAUCAGAUCAAAAGCUGAAGAAAUUCUUACACAUCAUCGAGGGUUCACCUGUUUUCCCUGUCAUAUAUGAUCAGAACAGAACUGUUUUGUCUUUACCCCCAAUAAUCAAUGGUGCUCAUUCUGCCAUUACUUUAAAGACAAAAAAUGUUUUCAUUGAAUGCACUGCGACUGACUUAACAAAGGCCAAUAUCGUUUUGAACACUAUGGUGACCAUGUUCUCAGUGUAUUGUAAAGAAAAAUUCCAGGUUGAACCAGUGAAAGUAAUUUACCCUGAUGGGAAAUUAUAUUCUUGCCCUGACCUAUCUGUCUACCACAUGGAUGUGCCUUUGUCAUACAUAACCAGAAUAGUUGGAGUCUCUUUGCCAGAGAAGGAGGUAGCCAGUUUACUAUAUAGAAUGCAAUUAGAAGCCAAGCUGUCUAUAUCAGGAGAUGAAACGGUCAACUUUACUGUGUCUGUACCACCUACCAGAAGUGAUAUUCUGCAUCCUUGUGAUGUGGCUGAGGAUGUUGCAAUAGCUUAUGGGUACAAUGAAGUACCCAAGACAAAACCUUCAUCUUUGAAGCCAUGUUCGUUGAAUCAGCUGAGUGAUCUAAUCAGGAUGGAGAUUGCAAUGGUUGGUUUCACAGAAGUCCUAACAUGGAUACUUUGCUCAUAUAAAGAGAAUUUCACCAUGCUCAACCGCAAGGAUGAUAAAGCAACAGCAGUAAUCAAUGGAAAUCCUCGUUCUGCUGAUUUUGAGGUGGUGCGCACCAGUCUCAUGCCUGGCAUACUAAAAACAGUUGCACACAACAAAGAUCAUCCAAAACCUAUCAAGAUAUUUGAGGUGGGUGAUGUAGUGCUAUUGGAUGAGUCAAAAGAUGUUGGUGCAACAAAUCGUCGUCACAUUGCAGCUUUAUAUUGUGGUGCUAAUUCUGGGUUUGAGCUGAUACAUGGUCUGGUAGACAGAAUUAUGGAAGUCACUGGAACACCUUUUGUAUCACCUGGGGAUGAUGUGGGCUACUAUAUCAAAAGUGCAGAUGAGCCUGAAUUUCUUCCCGGUAGACAAGCAAGCAUCAUUUACAAGGGGAAGCAGAUAGGGACCUUUGGUAUAGUGCAUCCAGAGGUGUUGCAAAACUUUGACAUUCCAGAUCCGUGCUCCUUCGUCGAGCUUAACAUGGAGAUCUUUUUGUAGGGAUAGAUCUUCAAUAUCAUCUAAAUAUGUAUCUCUUGUAUUCUUCCUAGAACUUCAUUCAUAGCAAGGCUACGCAAUUCAUACUCUAUUUCCUGUAAUCUGUAGAAUCUGUUCUCGGGCACCUGGUAUUGAUGAUUAGUCCAGGAGUAGACGCUCAGUUUGAAUUUUUUUUCUUUUUUUUUUUCCGAAUAGAAAAACGGUUCUCAUAUAAAGCUACUUGUGCAACUGUUUCUGGUA